AUGGGAGAACUCCAAAAGCAAGAGCAAAGAGAAGAAGAUGAAGGCGAAGGUCCAGCUCGAGGCCGAUGGCGGCUUCGCGUCUCCAGCGGCGUUGGACAAGAAGAAGCACAAGUAGGAAAAGAAGAGCGGCAGCAAAAGGCUCCGAAUCCAAGCAGCCGAAACUCCCGGAGCAUCAAAGCAGCCGAAACUCCCGGAGCAUCAUUAGGGGAUGCGAAGAAGGAGAAGAAGAGGAAGGCGUUGGAGCUGCGCGAGGACGACGAGGAAGACAAGAGCGAGACCAGCUCCGAGCUGGUCGACCCCGAGAACUUGAAGGGGAAGAAGAAGAAAAAGAAAAAGAAGAAGGCGAGGUUGAGCGAUGGUGAUAAUGAGGCCAUGACAUUUGAUAUUGUCCUCGAUGGGACUGAUUUGGUCGGCCGUGCCUGCACUGGUCAAGGCAAAACUCUGGCUUUUGUCUUGCCCAUUUUGGAAUCUCUGACGAAUGGGCCUGCAAAAACCUCAAGGAAAACAGGAUGUGUUAAUGGUGGAGCAGUGGGCUUAACAUCAUGUUGUUUGUAUGGUGGAGCUCCUUAUCAUGCUCAGGAGAGCCAAUCGAGGAGAGGGGUUGAUAUAGUGAUUGGAACACCUGGCCGUGUGAAACAAACUGAAACUGGCGGCUUCAUGAUCACACCAUUACCUGGUGCCUGGCCACAGAAACCUGGAUCUGCUACUUUUCCUUUCUUUGGGGUUCAGCCUGUCAUAGUGGAUGAAAAGGGGGUUGAAAUUGAAGGCGAGUGUAGUGGAUACCUGUGCAUUAAAAGUUCCUGGCCUGGGGCAUUUCGUACACUCUAUGGUGAUCACGAGCGAUACGAAACAACAUGCUUCAAACCAUUCCCAGGAUACUAUUUUACUGGUGAUGGCUGCAGCAGGGACAAGGAUGGUUACCACUGGCUGACUGGUAGAGUUGAUGAUGUCAUCAAAGUCAGUGGACACCGGAUUGGAACAGCAGAAGUCGAAUCGCUCAUCUUGGGUCCCAAAUGUGCAGAAGCUGCGGUUGUUGGUGUUGAGCAUGAGAUACUUUAG